AUGCAGGGUGUGAAAGAAGUUUUGGUUAAACUUGGAUCACAAGGAUCUGCUCUGUUUGUCGAGGGAGAGGAACCAAUUAGGCAGGCGAUAAUACCUGCCGCAGAAGUGGUAGACACCACCGGCGCUGGUGACACCUUCACCUCAGCUUUUGCUGUAGCUCUGGUGGAGGGGAAGCCAAAGAAAGAGUGCAUGAAAUUUGCUGCUGCCGCCGCCUCACUGUGUGUUCGAGUGAAGGGAGCCAUUCCCAGCAUGCCUGACAGGAAAACUGUGAUGAGCCUUCUAGAAUCUGUGCAAGAUGAAUAA